AUCGCUGGUAGACUUUCUCAGUACAGAAGCAGGCUUCAUAGGUCCACUUCUAACUCUGAUCUAGAAAUCGCGAACGAAGGAAUCCUCACAAUAAGGUCAGACAGUUACUAUGUAUAACUGGCGUUUACUACUACUUGCGUCUCUCGCAGUAUUCCAGCCAAUUGCAUCCUUCACCGAGCGGAAUCUCGUUGAUGGAAGGCAAGAGUGUUGUGAUCGCCAACCACGAACCUUGCAAAGAGAUACACGGCUAGCCGUCUAUGGAGUUGAUCGUUUUUACAAACUUGGAUCGGAAGAGCGUCGUGUGAACUAUCGCCAAGAAGAUUCAAAAUUGUAUAGAAGCAAUGUUGAUUUUGACAUCAACAGUGCAUCUAUAAGGCAAUCAAUUUUACGAGAAAAAGAUCCUAGAAGACGUGCUCCUCUAUAUCUGAACGAUAGAUCUACAAGAAUUGAACAACGUCAAACUUUAGUUCGAGAAGAACGCGAACCAAAAGCUUUUUCGAAGCGUUUUACUAGGAACUCUGGAGAAAAUGACCGCAUUAACCGUGAACGUACAGAGUUUAGGGUAUCUCGUAUUAUCAGCGAAACGGAUCGAACUACGAAUGAUAACACCCAGUCUAGAACUGACAGUUCCAGACGUAUUUUACUUCGAAGUAUUACAAGAACUGCAGAAAAUCGUAAUAUACCCGAACAAACAAGGGCUCACGUAGUUCCUACUCGCUUCUUUAAUGCUCGAAAUGAGCCACAGAUGUCAAGAGAAGGUACAGAACGUCGUAGUUCUCUUUCACGGUUGGAGUCACGACUUCAAAUAAGUAAUAAUGAUAGAAUUAUUCGUCGAUCUUUAGAACGGCGCACAAGAAAUAUUAAUGACUCCAACUUUCGAUUUGCCUCGCAGACUAACGAUAUGAUGCGACGUGAUGCGAUACGUAAUUCCAACACACAAUCUUUUGACAUUAACCUAAGUAUCUAUCGGAAUGAUCAGCGUAAUGUAAGAAAUUUAGCUGAAUUUGAACGUCGAGCAAUUUCGAGUAAAUUUGAAUCAAGACUAAAUAAUUAUUAUUCAAAUCGUAGAUCCACAGAUCAAAAUGAAAGGGGAGUCGAGGAUCAUAGUCGCAAUAUUGUAACUUCUAGAACAAAUCGUAUUUAUAGUAACAGAAAGGAAUCCCAGGAAAGACGCGAAGAUACCAAAAGAGAACGUAGUGUGGUAAGUGAAGAACGCAGACAUUACAAUCGUGAUGUAAGGCAAUUCAGGGUAAAUUCGAUUGAGACAGAAUAUAGACUAACUAGCAGAAACAAUAUAAGAGAAUCGAAUGAGUAUUCACGGAACGAACGUCGUAUCACCAAUAAAAAUAUGCCUAAUUCAUUAAGGGAUGCAAUGAAAUUUGACCGACAAGCAAAAUCAAAUUUCGACCUUAACAACCAACGCCCCAGUCUCUUAAACCAACGUACAAAAGAAAUUAAUAAUAGGUUUAGUGCAGAUAUUAGAUAUGAAAAUAGGAACUCCAAACAAAGGGAUGAACGAAUUUCAGGAUCAAUAGACAUUUUCCGGCGUGAAACAAGAUCUUUAGAUCGACGAUUCAGGGAAAUCAAUGAACGUCGUGAAGGUACUCCUAUAUUACGAAACAUCGAACAAAUUAGCAACAUCAGGAAAGAAUUUCGAGAUUCAAGGAAGACUGAAAACCCGAUUCUGUUCCAAAAUAGUCGAAACACUGUAGGAGAGACACCAAGAUCCGAGAGCAGGUCCCGAGUAAAUGAAAAUUACUAUCGACGCUCUUCUGAAAGGAGAGAACGUGCAGUUAUUCGAGAAAACGAACACAGAUCUACUAAAACAAACAAUAAAAUACAAAUGAGUAUUGACCGGUACGUGAGUAGGCCUCGCUCUGAAGUUAGAUCUCAAAUGGAACGCGUUCCUCAAGAGUAUAAUGAACUUUCUAAUAGAAUUUACGAAAAUAGACGAUCGCUUAAUGCGGAAGAUCGAGUUCGCAGUAUCACAGGGCCAAGUGAAAAUUCUCGAUAUGAGGCGAGGCAUGAGCGUAGAAAUGUUAAUCGCCUCUCCUAUAUGAAUCAAUAUAGGGAACGUCAACAAAGAGUAAACGAAAAAAGAGGAUCUAGAGAUGAGAUUAGGGCAAACUACGACACACGUCUCAUUAGAGACGAUUCUACUCGAGUGCAAAAGACCUCACCGAUUUCGGAGAAAUUAAUGGAAAGGGAAACAGUUCACAAUCGUGGCUACGGAGGGAAUGAAAACAUUGCUGAAACAAACCAGAACAUACGAGUAGCUUUGCGGCGAAAUGUGGAAUAUAGAUAUAGAACAAAGGAUAUAAUUAAUGGUGACGGUAAACUCGUUUCUCGUUUAGUUGAAUCUGCAAGAAACCGUGAAGAUUUUAUAUCCCUGAUUCGAAACAAAACAGAGUUUAAAGAUCAAGCGUUUGUAUUGAGCUGGCAAUAUUUAUUAUAUACGUUGCAAGGCAUCUACAUCUGUACUAUAAUAAUGCAAAUGCUCUCCGAGAAAAAAUCCGGAGCUAAAAAAGUCAGUUGGUGGAAAGCAGAUUCAUUCAAAGCUCCAAUAAAAGUGGACUAAGCCGCCGAGUCACAUUCCAAGUACUUAUCUAACAUAAUGAAUUAUCUAGAUUUGAUGUUGUAGUUCUACCACUACUACGUGUACUACGUGUAAGAUCUUUUAGGCAUUGAUGUUAUGAUCUCUGUGUUAUUUAUUAUUAGAAAAUAAUAAAUCGAUGUUAUACUUAUAA